AUGCUCUGCCAAAGGCACGCAAGCCCCAGAGGCCAGUAUGUGGUUUGGUGUGCUGUUCAUCUUUGCUCCGUGGCCAUAUAUGCUAGCUGUACACUCAGGGAAUGCCAGAUAAAUCCACGACUGAGUGGCAUUCUGGAGAAGCUGAAGGCUAAUGAGGAUGUGGGGUUGCCCACUGGGAGUGGGAGGCUGCUUCCGCCCAAGGUGCUGGAGAACUUGAAGAAGGUCUCCACGUUCCAGUGCGAGGCAAUCCUGCCAAGCGAUCAGUGGAGCAAAGAUGAUGAUGAUAUCCCAUUGCAGCAAGCAGAAGCAGAUGCUGAAGCAGAUGAACAGGAAACCCGGAAGUGCAAGAAAAACAAAGCUUCCGGUGCAAAGGCAACACGCAAGACUGCAAAGCAAAGCAUCGCCGUGGACAGCAGCAAACCUGCUGACAAUCAGUGCCUCUACAAGCCGGGGGCUUUUCAGGAGGAGCGCUUCAAGUUCAUUCGCCGCAUGAAGGAGAAGAAAGGCAUUUCGUACAGUGAGGCUUCCGCUAUGUGGAAGACUUCCAAGAAGAGAGCAACCCUUCUCUCGGGCUUGAGUGAGUCACAGAUGAAGAAACGACGUUUCUGA